ACGCGGGUGGAAGCUCGACGAUGGAGCGGUGCUCUGCCAAGCUCGUCGAUCAACGAGGUAUCACCAAUCGACAACCGUCGAGCUAUCACCAAUUGACAACCGACAAGAGGACGAAUGGUCCGCAAGUUGUUGUAAUGGAGCAAAGAAAGCCUUACUAUCAAGUUAUAGACGGCAUCCCGAGAAGUCCUAGCUUCUGCCCGGAAUUAUUGAGAGCAGCCUUGGAGUUUUGCGCACAGAAAGACGACGUCCUCAUCACCGCAUUCCCCAAGAGCGGCACACACUGGAUGCUGUACAUCACACAACUGAUUCUAAAAAAAGGUCAACCUGUGAGUGGCCUAGAAGAGUUCACGCACAAUAUGCGCCUGCUGGGAAUCGUUCAAAUCGACGGUUGGAAGCCCAAUCUCCCCCUGCGCCUGUUUGCCACCCACUUUCCAUUACGGAAAGACACCAUGAACCCAGAUGCAAAGUACGUCUAUGUAGCACAGAAUCCGUGGGACUUGUGUGUCUCCGAUUUCCACCACGUUACCACGUUCGAUGUAUUUCGCUUCCGGGACGGAACGUUCGAGGAAUUCUUCGAUGCGUUCCUGGACGGCGACUGCGCUGGCCAGGGAAACUACUUUGAUCACGUGGUAUCGGCCUACGCCUUGAAAGAUGAGUCCAACGUGUUCUUCGUUACCUACGAGGAACUGAAGGCCGAUGCUCGGGAGGUGAUUUUGAGACUAGCCCACUUUCUGGCCGAUGAGUACGGCAACAUAUUUGAACAGGACGCAGAGCUGCUACAGAAGCUUGUAAGUCGAUGCUCCAGCGAAAACAUGAAGCGCACUCUUGCACCUAAUACAUUUAAAGACAUCGAUCCUGAAUGGCGCAACGCCACUGAAAGAAUAAUGGCAGCAAAGAGCGAAACACUUGUGGAAAGCGACAAGCAAUUCAGCUACGUCAGGAAUGGAAACGUUGGUGGCUGGCAGCCUUAUUUUUCUCGGGACCAGCUGCUACGCUUAGAAGCAAGAAUAAAGAAGGUGGAGCGGCAUUCCUCUGUUAUGAACCUUUGGAAAGACGUAAGAGAAGCGGCGCUAAGGCAGAUUGGGAUGAAGGAAAAUAAAUGAUGCAAAAAAACAACAUCAAAUCUUUAAAAGGGAAA